ACCGCCUUACGCUGGCAGCGCAGUCGCCGGCGCUGGGGGCGGGCGCGCGGUGCGGGCGGAGGGUCGUUGUGAAUCGCGGCCUGCGCGGCCGUGAGUGUGCGCUUUUCCCGGUCCUGAUCGCGUCUGCCCGCCGGCAUGAGCUACGACCGCGCCAUCACCGUCUUCUCGCCCGACGGCCACCUCUUCCAAGUGGAGUACGCGCAGGAGGCCGUGAAAAAGGGCUCGACCGCGGUUGGUGUCCGAGGAAGAGACAUUGUUGUUCUUGGUGUGGAGAAGAAGUCAGUGGCCAAACUGCAGGAUGAAAGAACAGUGCGGAAGAUCUGUGCUCUGGACGAGAAUGUCUGCAUGGCAUUCGCGGGCCUCACUGCUGACGCGAGGAUAGUCAUCAAUAGGGCGCGGGUGGAGUGCCAGAGCCACCGGCUGACCGUGGAGGACCCGGUCACCGUGGAGUACAUCACACGGUACAUCGCCAGCCUGAAGCAGGUCCUGGGGGGCCUUCGUGCCAAGGCAGCAGUGUCACCGUGUCUCUUUUUCCACCAGCGCUACACACAGAGCAACGGGCGCAGGCCGUUUGGCAUCUCUGCCCUUAUUGUGGGUUUUGACUUUGAUGGUACCCCCCGACUCUAUCAGACUGACCCCUCGGGCACGUACCAUGCCUGGAAGGCCAACGCUAUAGGCAGGGGUGCCAAGUCAGUGCGUGAAUUUCUAGAGAAGAAUUAUACUGACGAAGCCAUUGAAACAGACGACCUGACUAUUAAGCUGGUUAUCAAGGCCCUCCUGGAAGUGGUUCAGUCAGGCGGCAAAAACAUAGAACUUGCUGUCAUGAGACGAGAUCAGCCCCUCAAGAUUUUAAAUCCUGAAGAAAUUGAGAAAUAUGUUGCUGAGAUUGAAAAAGAAAAAGAAGAAAAUGAAAAGAAGAAACAAAAGAAAGCAUCAUGAUGAAUGAAAUUUUGCCUGUAGCGAUUUUUAAAUUCAAAUCAUGGCUGAUUUUCCAAAUGACAUGUAGGCAUUUCUAUCCCAUUUAUCCAUACUGUCCAAGUGUCCUACAAUAAACUUCCCUGUUUUUUAAUCUUU